AUGGCUACUUUCGGAACAAUUGGUGAAUUUCGGGAGGACGAAGGGAGUUGGUCCCAGUACAUUGAACGUAUGGGGCACUACUUCGACGCCAACAGCAUCGUGGAUGGGGGACGAAAAAGAUCCAUCUUACUAAGUGUAUGUGGAGCUUCAACCUACAAGUUGAUGUCAAGUUUGACAGCACCAAGAAAGCCGGGGGAAGUUGACUUCCAAGAACUUGUUGAAUUAAUGACUGACCAUCGGGAUCCAAAGCCCUCGGUGAUUGUUCAAAGGUUCAAGUUCAACAGUCGUGCUAGAAAGCCGGAGGAAUCAAUUUCGACUUAUAUUGCAGAGCUUCGACGAGUAGCAAUCGAAUGUAAGUUUGACACCAUUUUGGAUGAAAUGUUGAGAGAUAGAAUUGUGUGCGGGGUGGCGGAUGAUCGUAUACAGAGACGAUUAUUGGCAGAGCCGACAUUAACAUUCGAGAAGGCAAAAGACAUCGCCUUGGCAAUGGAGUUGGCAGAUAAAAAUACGGCGGAUCUACGAGAACAAAAUCAGAGAAGCGACAUGGUAAACAAAAUCGCUUUUGCUGGUGGCCGUCGUAUGCCAACGCAACGCCAGUUUUCAGAGAAACAUUCUAGGUGUGGUCGAUGCGGUGAAGGACCCCACAAACAAGGCGCGGACUGUCCGGCGAUAGAUCGAGACUGUUUCCGUUGCGGCAAAAAGGGUCACUACGUAGCGGUUUGCAAAGCCAGGGGAACGAAAGAGGACAAAAGAAAAGUCACUCAUCAGCAGCGGAAACAGGCCAGUUCCAACAAGUCCCGCACCUAUCAAAUAGCAGAGGAAGAAGAGGAGGAGGAAAGCGAAACAUACGGGUUGUUUCAACAUUCCGUGAAUAAAGCAAAACCUCCGCCGUACAUGACGAAACUUUCUGUGAAAGGAAAGGAAGUUAACUUUCAAGUAGAUACUGGCUCAGCGGUUACCAUAAUAAACGAAGAAACAUGGCUCUCACACUGGAGUGAGAAGGACAGACCCAUUCUCAAUGACUCAACAACCCGCCUACGCACUUACACCAAACAUUUAGUCGAUAUUGUUGGGGAAUGUGAAGUCACCGUUUGCUAUGAAAACCAGACGGUACGCGUGUGUCUAAUCGUGGCGAGAGGGGGUGGGCCAAACCUCAUGGGACGAGAUUGGCUAGACGUCAUUAGGUUGAACUGGAGAGAAAUCUACUUGGUCAAAGUCGAAAAUGACGUCUCGAGUUUGAUCGCAGACUACAAUGAGUUGUUCGCACCAGAACUCGGGAAGUUGAAAGGUGUGGAAGUUGACCUGGAUAUCGACGAAGGAGCUUCGCCGAGAUUCCUAAAGGCCCGACCAGUGCCGUUCGCACUGCGAAAUAGGCUGGAUGAGGAACUGGAUCGCCUACUAGCGAAUGACAUCAUAGAACCAGUUCAAUAUUCGAACUGGGCGGCUCCAAUAGUUCCUAUAGUAAAAGGAGACGGAUCAAUCAGGGUUUGUGGCGACUACAAAACAACCAUAAAUUCAGCCGCUCGUUCCGACACCUAUCCUAUACCUCGAGUAGAGGAGCUGUUUGCAAGGCUCGCAAACGGAAAGCAAUUCUCAAAACUGGACCUCUCACACGCAUAUCAACAAUUGGUCCUGUCGGAGAAAUCGAGGGAGUUGGUGACCAUCAAUACCCACAGAGGACUUUUCCGCUAUAAGCGACUGCCAUUUGGCGUAUCGACAGCGCCCUCAGUGUUCCAGCGGACUAUGGAAUCGUUGCUGGCUGGCAUUCCAGGCGUGGCAGUUUACUUAGAUGACCUGCUCAUCACAGGAGAGUCAACGGAAGAACACCUAAAGAACCUAAAGCGGGUAUUGGACGUUCUUCACGAAGCAGGGUUACGCUUGAAGAAGGAGAAAUGUGCGUUUCUCAAGGACGAGGUUGAUUACCUCGGCCAUACUAUCACGGCGAAGGGUCUACAUCCGACGGGGGACAAGGUGGAAGCAAUCACCAAGGCACCAGAGCCAACAAACGUGAAAGAGCUCAGGUCUUUCCUCGGGUUGCUGAAUUAUUACGGGAAAUUUAUGCAUGACCUCGCUUCUACAUUGGAGCCUCUACAUCGAUUGUUGAGAAAGGAGACAAAAUGGCAGUGGGGCAAGGAGCAAGGAGAUGCGUUCGCGAGAGCCAAAAAGCUACUCCAAUCAACGAGGGUAUUGACCCAUUACGAUCCGAAAGAACAGUUGAUACUAGCUUGCGACGCUAGUCCGUACGGCGUCGGAGCUGUUCUCGCACAUAAGUUUUCGGAUGGAUCCGAAAAACCGAUCGGAUUCGCGUCGCGAACCCUAAACUCAGCGGAGCGCCGAUAUUCGCAGCUAGAUAAAGAAGGAUUAGCAGUAGUUUUCGGCGUGAAGCGGUUCCACCAGUACCUAUAUGGUCGGAAGUUUGACAUAAUAACCGACCAUAAGCCGCUACUUGGACUCUUCGGUGAAAAGAAAGCUAUUCCGCAGAUGGCUUCUCCGCGCGUCCAACGGUGGGCGAUUACGUUAGCAGCAUACGAAUAUCGCAUAACGUACAAGGCGGGAGAAGAAAAUGCUAACGCGGAUGCACUCAGCAGACUACCUCAAGAGUCAACAAUCGGGGAUCCUCCCGUCCCAGGAGAUAUCGUUCUACUGAUGGACAUCCUCGAGAAAACACCUAUCACGCCCUCACGCGUCCGUAUAAUGACCGAUAAGGAUCCAGUCUUAUCACGCGUUCGAAAUUUCGUCAUGCAUGGAUGGGUUUCUUCGCAUGAAUUGAAAGACGAAGCGUUCGGUCCGUAUCUGAAUCGUAAAGAUGAGUUGAGUGUACAUGAAGGAGUACUGUUAUGGGGAGCUCGCGUGGUGCUGCCCCCAAAAUGCCGGGAUCAGAUGAUGGAGGAGCUACAUGAUGCUCACCCCGGAAUAGUCCGAAUGAAAACAAGUGCGCGAGGUUGCGUAUGGUGGCCGCAAAUUGACAAAGAUUUGGAGCGAAAAGUGAAAUCUUGUGAAAAAUGUCAAGCACACCAACGACAACCAUCGAAAGCACCGCUACAUCAAUGGGAAUAUCCCAGCAAGCCGUGGUCGCGAAUUCAUGUAGAUUACGCAGGCCCGGUAGAAGGUAAAAUACUUCUCGUAGUAAUUGAUGCGUAUUCGAAGUGGAUGGAUGUUCACAUCACUACGAAAUCGACAAGCGAAGCGACAAUAGAGAAAUUAAGAGAAGUUUUCGCAACACAUGGCCUACCCAACACGCUGGUUUCCGAUAAUGGGCCCUGUUUCACCAGUGAUGAAUUCGCCAAAUUCAUGAAGAUGAACGCAAUAAAUCACAUCAGAGGAGCGCCAUACCACCCAGCUACAAAUGGCCUCGCGGAGAGAGCCGUGCAAACUGUGAAAGGAGCCCUCCGAAAAAUGAGUGGUCCCCUUCACACUAGGUUAUCGCGGUUCCUGUUAAGUUACCGUACAACACCGCAAGCUACUUCAAAGCAAUCACCGGCAGAGUUGCUAAUGAAUCGUAAACUGCGUACUCGCAUUACGUCAGUUCUGCCAGAUGUGAACGCAACCGUAGAGAAAAAGCAGUUCGCCCAAAAGAUCGCUCACACUACUCACGCCCUUCGCGAAUUCAAUGUAGGCGACGACGUCCUUGUGAGAAAUUAUGCUCGAGGCAACCAAUGGUUACCCGGUAAAAUAACCGACCGUACCGGUCCAGUAUGUGGUCAAUGUCAGUGUCGACGGUGCGACACUAAAAUGGAAGCGUCAUGUUGA